AUGGUUGACGACGAAGAAAGCGCAAAUAACGAUCACUGUCAGGUAAAGAGAGGCACAGAGGAAUGGAAGCAUUUACCUCAUCCCGAGGACUGCUUUCAAGGUGACCAUCUCGCAGGAUCUGGUCAUUACGGAGUGUGCUAUUUUGUGAGAGGAACAGGGAUAGAAAUGAAGGUUACAGGACGAGAACAGGGGACAUUUUCGCUGCCACCAUCAUCGUGCCGAUUAAUUACAAAGGACAGCAAUAAACCUGCAUAG